CAAAUAAUUUCAGAAAUUAAAAAAAUAUAUAGAAAAUUGAUUUUGAUUUGGCAUCCUGAUAAAAAUAUCAAUAACAAGGAAGAAUCUGAAAAGAAAACAAAAGAAAUUACUGAAGCUUAUAGAAUAAUCACAGAAUAUAGAGAAAAGUUUAAAAAAACAAAAUCAAAAAAACAAAAAUUAACACAAAAACCAAAACCAAAAAAACAACCAAAAAAAACAAAACCAAAACAAAUACCAAAAAAGCAACCAAAAACAGAACCAAAAUCUACAAAACAAAAAUCUACAAAUAGUAAACCAAAAGCAGAAGUUGAUAAAGAAAUCUUAAAUUUUCUUUAUUCAUUAUUAAAUAGCAAAAAUGAAAUUAUUAAUUCUGAAGUUAUAAGUUUUAAUUCAAUCAUAUCUUUUGAUCAAAUUUUUUAUUACUUUAAUGAUGAAUCAAAUAUUACUUCUAAUGAUAUAACUAUUAAAUUUGAUUUGAAUUGUCUUCCAAGUUAUGGUGCUGAAAGAGAAACAUUUUAUGGAAAAAAUAUUAGAACAGGAAAAGAUAUUGUUGUUAAAAGAUAUUUAUUUAAUCAAUUUGAUAUUAAAAGAUAUAAAACAACUAUUUUAACAACAUUAGUUUCACAAUUUUUUGCUAAUCAAUUUAAUAAUACCAAAGUAGCAUCAUAA